AUUUUGAGUACAACUAUAGUACUCUAAAUUGCUGUUUAAUAUCUUCCGACAAUAUCAAAUUCAAUAUAAACUAUCAGACGUUAUCUUUAAGUUCUACAUUCUGGAAUACGCUAUUUGAGCUACCACAACCUGGUGAAGUGGAAUCUAAUGAAGAACGUGUAAUACAUAUGCAAGAAUCGUCUACAGAUUUGAAACCCUUCCUUUUAAUUACCGUCGGUAGAUCGCAUUCCUUUGAUAAUCUACAACAAAUAAAAUCUACAAUAAAUCUAGCAAUAAAGUAUGACUCCGAUAAGGUUCUAAAUAUUCUACGUGGCGAUUUAUUUUUUCACGCUUAUAAAGAACCCCUCAGGGCAUAUGCCUUGGCUGCCAAACUCGGAUGGGAAGAUGACGCGAUAAAGUUGUCAACUCUGACGCUCGAAUCUGAUAUCGAGAAUCUACCUGAUGUAGACGCUGACUCUAUGCCUACUCAUUAUUAUAGGCGGUUAGCAAAGCUACAUCAGACGAGACAGAUGGAAGCUAGAAGGAUAUUGACAUCACAAGAUCUCAUUAUGUCAAAUAAGCAUGAAGGUGAUUAUGAUAGAGUUGCUCAUGUCGAAUGGUGGAACUCAAUUCAGCAAGCAAUGCUCACGCGUCUUGAUGGUUCACAUGGCUCAAAAUCGUUCAAAUUUCCGUCAACUCUACCUUAUUUAGACUGCGUCAAAAAUAAAGCCUACAUUGACGGUGACAAGGAUGUUCUGAGCUUUAGAGGACUCUAUUUAAUCUAUCGUACCAUGGAAGUGGUUGAGACUGCAUGGAAAGACAAAUUACCCAAGUCUAUAUAAUUUAAUCUAUAUAUGUAUGUAAUCUUAGAUGUACUAAUACUUAAUUUACUUCUUCUUCU